CCGUCGUUCGGGCCCGUUAAUCCGUCGAACAAGGUUACGCUCUCCUGUGUUGUCAACCUUAACAUCUUUUUUUAUUAUUUUGUAUUUUUCCUUUAGAAAAAGGAAAAUCCGAAAAAAUAAGGUCCGGUGUCACCCUCGGAUUUGUUUUCUCGGCAGUUACGAGUUUUAAUUUAUACCCCCCCUCUCACCGAGUUCAAAUCUUUCUGUUCUUUUUUUACGAUUAACUCCCGCAGUUCCGAUGUCGCAGUUGAAGAAAAUUUAGUAUAUGUUUCGUCAUUUCGUUUUUCCCCGGGGAGGAGAUAAAUUAUGGAGUUGUCGACGGAUUUUGGCGUAGAAAGAGGAAGCUGUAUGUUACUGAGGUAUGCGAGUCAAAAUUCUCUCGAUGAAAGCUCUCAGAAACAGAUCCCCAGGAGUGGGGCCAAGGAGAAACCGCCUUACAGAAAUCAUAUGCACACACAGAGGGCGUUUGAUGUACUUAAUAUCAUGAGAAAGCAACACCUCCUCUGCGAUGUCAGGCUGGUGGCUGAGACAGUUGAGAUUUCGGCUCACAAGAUGGUCUUGGCGGCUUGCUCGCCGUACUUCCAUGCUAUGUUCACAAGCUUCGAGGAAAGCCGGCAGGAGAGGAUAGUUCUCCAAGGGCUUGACCCUUAUGCGCUUCAACUUCUUGUAGACUACGUCUACACUGCUGAGGUGCAUGUCACAGAAGAAAAUGUACAGGUUUUAUUGCCUGCUGCUAACCUCCUGCAGCUUUCUGAUGUGAGGGAUGCCUGCUGCGAUUUUCUGCAGUCGCAGCUCCACCCAACAAAUUGUCUCGGAAUAAGAGCGUUUGCGGAUCUGCAUGGCUGUAUCGAGUUGUUAGCCACUGCCGAGUCCUUCAUCGAGCAGCAUUUUUCCGAGGUAGUUGAAAGCGAGGAAUUCUUGGCCCUGUCGCAUCACCAAGUAUGUAAAUUGAUCUGUUCCGAUCGCCUGGCUGUGAAAUCCGAAGAGAAGGUGUUCGAAUGCGUUGUGAAUUGGGUCAAUCACGAGUUGGAGGAAAGGCAGGAAUAUUUGGCCGAACUUAUGGAAUAUGUUAGAUUGCCACUUUUACCUCAAGAUUAUCUUGUUCAAAGAGUCGAGGAAGAACCACUUUUAAAGGCAAACUUACAAUGUAAAGAUUAUUUAAUAGAGGCUUUAAAAUAUCAUUUACUUAAGACUGAUCAAAGAUUGGUAUUCAACACACCAAGAACUAAACCUAGGCAACCUGUCGGAGUUCCUAAGGUUAUGUUGGUAGUAGGAGGGCAGGCACCGAAAGCAAUUCGCUCCGUUGAAUGCUAUGACUUUAGUGUAGAGAGUUGGACAAAUGUCGCCGAGAUGCCUGGUCGAAGGUGUCGAGCAGGUUUAGUCGUACUCCAGGGCAAAGUGUACGCAGUAGGCGGCUUUAACGGUUCCCUUAGAGUCAGGACAGUUGAUGUGUAUGACGCUUUGACUGACCAAUGGGUGACAAGUAGCAGCAUGGAAGCAAGAAGAAGCACGCUCGGAGUAGCAGUGCUGAACAACUGCAUCUACGCUGUUGGAGGUUUCGACGGCUCUACUGGUCUCAACAGUGCAGAGGUCUUCGAUCCAAGGAAACAAGAAUGGAAUAUGAUAGCAUCUAUGUCUACACGUAGGAGUAGUGUCGGCGUGGGUGUUGUCAACAACCAACUUUACGCCGUUGGUGGUUAUGAUGGUGCUUCAAGGCAUUGCCUUAGUUCGGUAGAAUGCUACUGCCCGGAAACAAAUAAAUGGAAACCUGUGGCUGAUAUGGCAGCUAGGAGAAGUGGAGCAGGUGUAGGUGUCCUGGAUGGCAUUUUAUAUGCAGUCGGUGGCCAUGAUGGCCCAUUAGUCAGGAAAUCUGUUGAAGCGUAUAACCCCGAAACAAAUAAAUGGUCACCAGUUACUGAUAUGGCGCUGUGCAGGCGGAAUGCAGGUGUUGUGGCUUUGAAAGGAUUACUGUAUGUCGUCGGCGGUGAUGAUGGUACAUCGAAUCUCGCCUCGGUGGAAGUCUACAACCCAAAAUCCAACACCUGGUCCAUGCUUCCGUCCUGCAUGGGCAUCGGAAGGAGCUACGCCGGUGUUGUAAUUAUCGAUAAACCAGUGCAAACAAACUGAAUUUUUAAGUUUAUUUCUUACCUGGACAAAACAUGGUUUUGGAUUGCUUGUUUCAUUUUUUUAAUAUUUUGAUUAUGAAUCUAAAAUAGAUUGACAAUCAUUAAAUGUGAUCACUUAGAUUCCCUGUGCUCUUACCUUUUUUCAAUACUGGCUGUGCCUUUCAUUUUUCUUUUGUCCCUACAAUUGAAAUAAGCAAUCCAAAAAUUCAUUAAAGUUGUUUAGUAAACCUACAGUGUAAGUGAAAAAAUUCUUUCAGAUUAUUUUUACAUAGCAAAUUGUGACUGCAGUUGUGAGUUAAAUUUAUUCAUAAAUUAAAGGGUAAUUUGAUAAAAUGUACACUCAUUCUACAAAGUACAUCCAACAGAUAGAUGACUAAUUAAAAAAAGGCAAAAUAAUAGUUUUAAAGGUGAUAAAACAAAUUGUCUAAAUUAUUUGUCCUUUAAACUUGUCAUUUUGAAAUUCAGACAGAUUUGUUUUUAAUCAAAAUUAGAAACUCAUGUGUUUUAUCCCAAGGAGGGAUACAAAUUGAUAUUUCUGAAGGGAUUAUCUAUUCUACUUUGGAACAACACUACCAAAUGAAUUAAAACUUAAUACAGUCAGAUAAAUGAUAAGGCAUUUCUAUCCUCUUCUGUAUUUAAUCAAAAUUUAUUUUUAUUUAUGUAUUAUAUAUUAUUUUGAAAAAUGAUUUCUGAUAAGAGGUAGUUAUUAUCUAAUCUAAUCUUAUUGUAUUUUCUGGCAUGUAUUCUGCUUUGGUUAUACUUUAAAGUUCCUUUAUCGUUGAUAAAUCUUUCAAACAAAAUAAGAAAAAUUAGACAGAAAUUGACAUAUUUUAUGGAAAAAUCUGUUACAAACUUUCUAGGAUGACUAGUAUGUUUUUAAUACCCUUGUGCAUGAUAUAUUUUCAGUUUUUUGUGAUUUUAAUUUGUGUUGUUUGUCUUGGUCCAUCUAGUCACAACUCAACAAAAAUUCUAAAUGUGGCAAAAGUAACUGAUAAAAAUAGAUGAUUGUCCCCCUUUUUUUCAAAUGAAUGUAUUUUUCAAAUCUGCUUCUUGUAUAUGAUAGUUUAUAUGUAUUGAUAAUAAUAAUAAUAAUAAUAAAAAUAAUAAAAUUAAAUAUUAGAGCUGGCUUGUGCUGGGAGAAAGUGAAACUUGAAAAAGGUUUCAUAUGUGAUAUUUGAUCCUACCACACAACCAUUUUGAAAAUUGUACCCGAUUUUUGCUCAAUUUUAUUUUUAAAUUUGUAUAAUUUUUACUUAAAUCUAAAUGUGUUGUGAUCGCCAAAUCAUUUUUUCAAUGAAAUGAGUUGAGCCAAUGAAAUACAGAAAUUCUAAUAAAACCCAGUUCAACGUUAAAUAGAAUCUUUAUUAAAAACUCGAAUAUUUACUAAACAACAUAAAACUGUUAAUACAACAUAUUUAUAUAUAUAGAAUUAAUCUGAAUAAAGAAAGCAAAACUGUACAUCGUAAAUAAUGCUAACUUAAGAAUUAAUACAAAAUAUAUAUUUUUAAACAAUUUAACACAGCCUAACAUAAAGCCUCUAGUAGACAAAAUUGAAAGGUAACAUGGCAAAACAGGGAGAUGUAGUCUUGGCAAACAUUGCUAACAAGGGAGUUUUAAUUUUUAAACAUAAAUGAUUAUGUUUACUAUUUUAAUAAAAAAAAUUAGGUUUAGACAUGUAAAAUCUAUGUUAACCAACUAUUGUACCUCAAUAAAAAUAAAUGUCAAUACAA